AUGCGUCUGUAUCACGUUCUGCUCGCCACGGCUGCUGCGCUCCUCGCCAGCAAUAACGGCUUCGCCAUUGCUGAUGAGAAGUGCACCAUUGUCACUAAGGCACCGAAAGCUACCCCCGUUGGUUCGUCUUCGUACACUUCCAGCGGCUCAUCCGCCGACACCCCAGCGACCCAGGACUCUACUGCCGCCUCGGAUGUAGGUGCAAGUCAGGAGACUACCGUCGAUGUCCCAGUGCAGCAGUACUCCAACCCUGGUUCGGACGUCGGCGCCAGCGAGGCUUCGACCUCAGACGCCGACGAAACCGAGCAGACGGAUUCUAGUUCGUACACUCCGUCCAGUGUUGACGCUUCACAAAACAUGGACACUGUGUCCUCCGCCGAGACUACCGGAGACGCUGACCAGUCCUUGACUUUCACGGAGGUGCCGAAGGCCACCACCCUUACCCCCACGGUCGCCUCGAGCGCCAGCGCCAGUGGAUCCAGCGCCGGUUCGCCCCCUACCACUUCCAACAACUCCACCACGCCGUCGACCUCGACUACUCCUGGCGAGAACUCUAAGCUGUGCGCCAAGCCGCGCAUCGAAAUCACGGAAGUGACCGUGGAUGCCUCUGUUGAUGCCAACGAGGAUGAGGCCGCUCUCAAGCUCGUGGCCAUCGCCGCUAUCCCAGGUGGCGGCUCGCGCGUUGCCUACCACAGUGGCGAAAAUGUCAUCGUGCAGGAGCUGGACGCUAGCGACAAGCUCGUGAGCGGCAGCACUGCCAAGGUCCCGGUCCACGACUUCGCCGAUAUCUAUGCCGACAAGGAUGGUCCGGCCGUUCCGUGCUACGACAUGUACAUGAUCCGCUAUGACGGCACGAAGGAGUCGUGGGCUACGAAGCUGACGUCUUCGAGUGCAUCGCUGCCUCCCUACUCGUCGGGCAAGACUGGCCCUGACGUCUACAUGAUCUGGUGGUACGCUCACCACGGCCGUAUCGCGUCCGACGGCAAGAACUGGGCCGCGUACUUUCGAUCACGCCGGACGAGGACUCGUUUGACUGGGGGUUGCUCGCACUCGGCUUACGAGCGUAUCACGUACGACAACCGCACGGACAGCUACGCGACUAUCUGUAAGACGGACAGCAACAACCGUAUCAUGCCGCCUAAGGACUGGGGCACAACGAUCUACCCGGUUGACCUGGGUGCUGCCAACUUGGGCGACAUCGUGCCGGACUCGGACGCUUCCAGCAAGAAAUACUGGGCUACGGUUAGCAACGGCAACGGCGACAACGCCAAGGUGCACCUGAUCCACUUCGCCAUGAACGCGGCUGCCAGCGAGGACAUCACUCUGGGCGGCACGGACGCCAACGAACGUGCGCCUCACCUCGCGCAGAUCGGCAGCGGCGGCAUGCUGGCUGUGUGGGAGGGCAGCUCGUCGGGUGGCGACUUCAUGGAGGGCGGUGACCGCACGAUGUACGCGCAGGUGCUGGACGCUUCGUCGGGUAAGGCCAUCAGCGACAAGGUGACAGUGGACAAGUCCGUGGUGGGCAACCGCUACCAGGCUCUGAAGACGUACCCGGACGGCAGUGUUGCAUACCUGUCGAAGGGCAAGACGGACUCCUCGCUGCAGGUGGUGCGUUUCUACGGCUGCUAA